UUGAUAAUAUUAAAAAUGAAAAUUAUAAAUGAUGUUGAACUUGAAUGUUGAAUGCUUUCGACGAUGAAGAGAUCAAACUAUGCAAUUGAACAUGUUUCUUUAAGAAAGGUAUAAUUUCCUAGGGGAAAAUUACGCGUUGUAAGUUCAUAAGUAUCUGUAAGUUUCACAAGUUCGCGUAAGUUCUCUUGAGUUCUAAAGGGUUUUUUUUUCGUCUGAUAGAUCUUUAACUUAAAAUAAAUCAUAAACCAGUUUUAAUUUAAUCAUGAAAUCGACUUUAUUUGGUUGAUAUAAUAAUGGCAAUUUUGUUUUAAAGAUAAUUUUGGGUAACGGUCUCCACAGCUACGUUUUACACAGGCCAGUAAUUUAACCAAAAGUGGGCUUCGUCGAAAAAGAUGAUUUUUUGGUAUAUUUCCGUAUCAUUUUGGAGCUUCUGCAGGGCCCAACCGACGAAUGUGCGGCGCGUUGGAUGGUUAUGCCACUUCAGUUCCUGUACCAACUGGACUUUAUAGGCCUUCAGACCAAGAUCUUUUCGUAAAAUUCCGGACAAAGACCCACUUGUUGUGCACGGCGUCGAAUUGAUAAAAAGAACCGUAAUUUAUUACGGUUAAAAUAACUUAAAAUAAACAGUUUCACAUCCGUAAAUAUGAGAAAACAUUUAGAUUAAAGAAAACAUUAUUCCAAGGAUUAUUUUGUACCGAAAAUGUGUGUCACUGAAACUUUAUCUCCUCAAAUCUCAAAUAAAACGUUUACGUGUUUUCACUUAAAAAUGAAAUCGAUUUCGGCAAAAAUCAUUAAGACAUAAAUAUGUGUAUUUUGGACAUUCUUCACGCGAUCUGGCAUACAUAUGAUACACCAAGCGAUAGAAAAUAUACCACAAUUUGAUUUUAUUUUUUUAUGAUGAAAACAAAACAAGCAAGCACUGAACUUAAUAUUUAAUAUCAAUUUGGAAUUUUUAUUACUUGGAAUGGAAUUGAAAUAUCAAACCAUAUUAAAUUUCCUGUUGCUGUCUACGGAAUACUCGGGAAUACUCGAUAAGCUGGCAUUCAUAAAUUAUUUCCGAAUCAAUUCGAGUGAAUUAGUUCAUUCAAUUUUCUUAUGGAAUAAUAAAUGUCGGUAUAUAAGAAGGAUAACAUAAUCAACGUCUUGCAGUCACAUUCAGGAUGUACAUUCGAAAGAAAGUGUUAAUUUCAAUCGUAGUUUCCGCCGCUUUCGGUUUUUUCACUGGAGUAUCCACAUCGUUUCAUUAUGGUAACGAUUUUAUCGUUACUUCUCAACGCGACGAUGGAAAUACUCCGGAGAAUUAUUUGAGAAAUGAUAAGUUUAGAGUUGCUAAACGAUAUUAUCGUGAUUAUUCAAUGAAUAUGAGUGAUUACAUCUAUCGUCGAAUAAAACGAAGUGAUGAUACAACGUUCUACGGCCAUCCAAAAACGAGAGAAGAACGAUGGUAUUCCAGUUUCAAUCUGAAUCAAACAUUUUUCCAACAGGAGCAGGCACAAUCGUUGGUCAAUCUCCUGUCCAAAGUUAUGGAUAAAUACUUGAAUGCAUGCGUUCCAAUCGUACUUUAUGACCAUUAUUUUCGUGAAAUUGACAGCAUCCUACUGGAGACAUUUUUCAAAGCAAUCAAAAUCUCUUAUUUGCAUGGAAUGAUUAGUAAAAAUUACACCGUUGUGAAUCAAGAGUUACUUCAACCGUACGAUAAAAGUUGUCGCAGCUACAUUUUGUUUAUUUCGGAUGUGUUGCGAACGCGUGACGUAUUGGGUCCACAAACAGUGAACCGUGUUGUUUUGAUUCCACGUUCUUCCCAAUGGAAACUUCAAGAAUUUUUAUCAUCCAAAUACGCCAGUGAUUUAGUGAAUUUGCUUGUGAUUUCGGAGUCUCUCUCGUCCGAUCCGUCGAAAGACAGGCCAUACGUAUUGUACACACAUAAAUUGUAUACAGACGGCUUGGGAUCAAAUCAACCUCUGGUAUUAACGUCAUGGCUAAAAGGCAAAUUAUCUCGUCCAAAAGUCAAUCUUUUUCCAAAAAAGAAAUUUUCAAGUGGCUUUUCUGCACAUCGCUUCAUGGUGGCAAGUAUCUCUCAGCCGCCUUUUAUACUAAAGACGCUUUCAACUGAUAUCGCUGGAAAUACAAGAAUCGAAUGGGACGGCUAUGAAUAUCGGUUGCUGAAGCUGAUGUCUAGCCGUCUUAAUUUUAGUUUUCAACUAAUGGAACCAUCAAUCGAAAAUGAACUCGGUCGAACGUAUAGCGUUAUUGAUUUAGUGGAAUCUAAAUUGUCAGACAUUGGGUUGGCUGGAGCGUUUAUGUCAAUUGAAAGAAUGGAACGUGUUGAUAUGUCAUUGCCGCAUUCAUUCGAUUGUGGUGCAUUUUUAACAUUAUCUUCGAAAUCCUUGCCCCGUUAUCGUGCCAUUUUGGGGCCAUUUCAAUGGACCGUUUGGAUUGCAAUCAUUUUUACAUACAUUUUUGCGAUUUUUCCGCUAGCAUUUUCGGACCGACUUACGUUAAGUCAUCUGAUAGGGAACUGGGGUGAAAUUGAAAAUAUGUUUUGGUAUGUAUUCGGUACGUUUACCAACAGUUUGACAUUUACUGGUGAGUUUUCAUGGUCAAAUACGAAGAAAACGUCGACACGAAUACUGAUUGGUUGUUACUGGGUGUUCAGCAUUAUAAUCACCGCUUGUUAUACUGGCUCAAUUAUUGCUUUUGUAACGUUGCCAGUAAUUCCAGAAACAAUCAACACAAUUGAAGAUUUGAUUUGGGGAUUUUAUCGCAUCGGAACAUUAAGCAGAGAUGGUUGGCAAUUUUGGUUCACAAAUUCAAGCGACUCCGAAGCAAGAAAAUUGUUAAAAAAUGUGGAAUAUGUUGACGAUGUGGAAGAAGGUUUGCGCAAUGUAACACACGCAUUCUUUUGGGGUUACGCGUUUUUAGGAUCUCGAGCGGAACUACAAUAUAUUGUCAGAAGCAAUGUGUCAAUGGCUGAACUUGGUAAACAAUCCGCGCUGCACAUCGGUGAACAAUGUUUUACGAGAUUCGGCGUUUCGAUGUUAUUCCCUCUAAAUUCAGUCUAUGCAAAUAUUUUCAAUGAAGCCAUUCUACGUUAUGCUGCAAGUGGUUUAAAUUUGAAAAUAGCGAAUGAUAUGGCAUGGGAUUUACAGCGGAGUGACGCACAGCAAUUUUUCGAUUCAACAAAAUCGAAGACAAUUAGUAUUGAUGCAGUCGAACGAAAAUUGAAUCUUGCCGAUACAGAAGGAAUGUUUUUAUUGAUGGCAAUUGGUUACAUUUUAGCUGGAAGUGUGCUAUUCUCAGAAAUCGUCGGCGGAUGUGCAAAGUCAUGCCGUGCAUUUAUUCGAAGAAAUUCGGUUGUUGGGCAGGAUGACGAGCGGCGUGGAAGUAAAUUUUCGUUGAGUCAACUGCAUGCAGAAGAACCAAAAACCUUUCAAGAAAAAUUUAAAAGAGGUAUUCGAAGACGCCUACGAUCCAAACCCAAACCAAUUGAUGAACCAAAGAAAGACGAAAUUAUCGAGACGAAAGAGAAAGGCGAAGGAGACAAGGCAGUGAAAAUGGAAGGCGACGAACCGCCUUUGAAAGGCCCAUUAUCAUUUUGUACUAUAAAACGAAUCAUGUUGAUGAGAAAAAGAGGAAAGGAUGACCAGAAGGUUGUCAAAGAAAAUAAUAACACGGCCAUUGAUUUAGCCAAAGACGAACCAUCGAAGAGCAAUUUUCAAAAUGAUAGCGAUUUUGAAGAAGGGUCAAAAGCAGAGGUUACUAUUGAAAGUGAAAAAAGUAGCAGCGAUUCAGGUGAUGGUGCUAGUCUAAUAGGAUCGUCGUCGAUUUAUUCAGAAUCAAAAUUGACAAGAGAACAAACUGAAGUGGAAAUCAAUCAACUCACUGUUUCAAACCGAGAGAAUAACCCAUCAACAGAAUUUGGCGAAAUUGUCUAAAAGCGGUCUUCAAACAUGACUGUGGAACGAAAUUGAAAAAGAAAAUGAGAAAAAAGUCCCUGUUCAUUUCUUUUUUGUUACAUUUUAUUGAUUUGAAUGCAUUUCUUAAAAUGUUUUACAAUUUUUGUUUGCGGCAAAGCCGGCAAUUAUCGAAUUAUAUGUUCCAAUUAAUUUUUUGUGGUAUUUUUGCUCACAUUAUACAUGCACCAUUGAAUAUAUGAACGAAUUUAACUUAUGAAUUUCACAUGUUACUUAAAAAUAUUAAAUACAGGUAUCAACUGAGUGAAACAUAAAUUUCCAAUCAGUAUAAUUACAAUUAUUUAUCAAUUUUGCAACUAGUAAGGUAAAAUAAUUCAGGCUAAUUCCAUACCAUAAUAAAAAAAUGAAUUAAAAUUACAUAAUUAAGUGUAAUGAAGUGCUGACGAUUUAAUUUAGUUGCGAUUGAAUAUAUAAUAAUCAUAACUAAGGGGGUACAAUAAUUCAAUAAUAUCGGCAUUCGCCUAUGUUAUUAAAUAAAUUGAUAGGCGGUCACCGCAUUGACAAAAAUGAUUUGCUUCGUAUUUUCUGGUUAUUAAAAUAGCCCAAUGAAUGGUAUAUGCUUUUGUCUCUCACUCAUAUAGUAUUCAGGUAAUAAAUGAACGAAUGAAUGCUUCAAAAAAUCGAUUCUCCACUUGUUUUUAGUUCUAAAUAAUCGAACUGUGUGCAAUUCAAUAUCUUUUGGCUAUUACUAUUGGCGGUGUUUAUUAAUAUUUUGACUUUGUUUCUUUGACUGUGUCCUGUUUUCCAUUUCUAAGGUCUAAUUUUAUUGCAUGAAAAUCUUUCAAUAUGAAAAUAUCGUUUUUUCCCUUUUGGUGUCUAUUAUUGUGUGUAUUUUCUUCAUCUUUCGGUUUCAAUGACAUACGCUGUGUUUCUUCGGGUGGCCAAACAAAUUUGCUCUCGACUAAUUUCAAUUAUUAGACUUAAUAAUUUUUUAUUUGUUUUUUAUUUCUCGAUUAUGAUUUUGGUUCUCUAAAAAAUGAGAGAAAAGUCUGCGUAUCUGGUUUUCAAAAGGCACAUACAAGCAAAUGUGUGGCAUAUUUCGUUUUUUUAUUUCUUUUUUGUUGAUUGUGAUCUUUUGUUAUACGGUAAAUGAUGAAUUUUGCCGAACAUAUUUGACUUUUAAAAAAAAAGUGAAUUAAAUAUUUUCUCGUUCUAUUUUCGGGUGGGAAAUAUACGUAUUUAAAAAUGUUCUCUUGGUUGAAGUUCUCAAUUCAACAGUUUUUUUGUCAAUCGACUACCGAUCGCAAGAAAAUUUUCUCCGAUGCCAAACGAUCAGCAAAAUGAUCGUAUUGGAAUAUACGAGUUCGCUUUGUUGACUUUAUGUUAACCAUUUGGAAUUGCAUUCGAAUUUAUUAAUCCUAUCAAAAUAGCCGGUUAUCACGUUAUCUUUAAGAAU